GGAAGUGUGACGGUCACGUGGAUGUCCAAACAUAAACCAAAUGGCCGCCACGGGAGACGACGCUGCCGCGAUGGACAGCAUCUCCAGGUCACCCGGGGCCCAAUCGGCUCCUCUGAACGCCACCGAAGAUUGCAGGAGUCAAGGAGAUGGCUCGGAAGACGUCAAGGAAACUCCGGCACCCGCUGUUAAAAAAACCACCAACAGUGAUGGCGGUGUGGAAACAGCAGAAGAGGCCGUGGAACCUGCCGAGCCCGACAUCAACGAGUUGUGUGCAGACAUGUUUGAAAAGAUGUCGGUCUUCCUGCAAGGAGAGCUCACAGCCACCUGCGAGGAUUACCGUCUGUUGGAGAACAUGAACAAGCUAACUAGCUUGAAGUACAUGGAGAUGAAGGACAUCAGCAUCAACAUCAGCCGGAAUCUACAGGAUCUCAACAAUAAGUAUGCCAGCCUCCAGCCCUACCUGGACCAAAUAAAUCAGAUUGAGGAGCAGGUAUCCGCACUAGAACAAGCUGCUUAUAAAUUGGAUGGGUAUUCCAAGAAACUAGGUGAGAAACUUGUCAUGAGGCCAGAUUUAAAAAACUGGAGAAGCGUUGAUGGUUGCGAAAAUGCAACGCUCUUGACAGUGGACGCUUAAAUGACACCCGAGGCCACGUUUAACAGCCAGAAAUGGGAUAAGUGUGGCGCAGAUGAAAGCUGCAGGGUUUGAACACCUAUAUCACAGUUUUGAUGCAGCCAAGAGGUGUGUGAAGCACUUUGUGUCAAUAGAAACAUUCUGUUUGAACUGUACACAUACUAACAAUGUUAAGAUGUCGUACACCACUUAUCAAAUGUAGAAAUAUACAUGAAGCAUGCUCAAAGACUACUGAAGGCUAACAACCCUCCCCCACGACAAGCGUAUAUAAUUUAUGGAUCUGCUCUCCAGGUUAGUGCUGUUUGCCUGCAAUUUGAUACGAGUGAAAUGUUUUACACGAUGUAAUAUAUAUGUAUACAAACAUUUCGAGUCAAGGCUUUUUAAAUAAAACACAAUGUGCAUUUAAUGGCACUGACCCUUUUAUUCAAGGUUGUGGCAAGUUUCUAUUGCAGUCAGACCCAGUGGACGCAGCAUUAGGUACUGUUGUACUACAUGAUGAGAUCCAGUACGAGAGUUCUCCCGUCCAAAGGCAAAACCUGGUAACUCACUUCUAGCUGAUUUUGAGAAAACAAAGGAAAACCAAUCUAUCUUGCUGCUGUCUUACAAAAAUCUUCAAAGUCAUCAAACGUAUAGAUCAUGGGUGUCAAACUCUGGCCCGCGGGCCAAAUUUUGCCCGCCGUGUAAGUUCAUUUGGCCCCUUGAGGCAAUAAUAAAUUAAAAUUUAAAGCUGGCCCGCCGGUAUCAACGCUAAUUUUCAUACUUGCCAACCCUCCCGAUUUUUCCAGGAGAAUCCCAAAUUUCAGUGCCCCCCUCCGAAAAUCUCCCGGGGCAACCAUUCUCCUGAAUUUCCACCCGGACAACAAUAUUGGGGGCGUGCCUUAAAGAUACUGCUUUCAGCAUCCUCUACAACCUGUCGUCACGUCCGCUUUUCCUCCAUACAAACAGCGUGCCGGCCCAGUCACGUAAUAUAUGCGACUUCUACACACACACAAGUGAAUGCAACGCAUACUUGGUCAACAGCCAUACGGGUCACACUGAGGGUGGCCGUAUAAAAAACUUUAACACUGUUACACCACACUGUGAACCCACACCAAACAAGAAUGACAAACACAUUUCGGGAGAACAUCCGCACCGUAACACAACAUAAACACAACAGAACAAAUACCCAGAACCCCUUGCAGCACUAACUCUUCCGGGACGCUACAAUAUACACCGCCGCUACCAACAAAACUCGAUUUUGCAUGUCACUAUAAAGUUAUAUAAGCUUUGCUUGUUCAAUAUUCAAUGCAAAACAGGUUUGGGUCCCUAUUAAAAUGUUAAGUUGUUCAACUUUGGCCCGCAGCUUUGUUCAGUUUAGAAUUUUGGCCCACUCUGUAUUUGAGUUUGACACCCCCGGUAUAGAUGUUUUCUUGAGCUUUCAUUUUCUUGCCGAUUGAGCCAUUGAUUGAAUCUGCUCUCAUGAACGUGUGCCCUUUCUCCAAAUAUUUUAUCACAAUCUCGGGUGGGCCCCAUUCUGCGUUUGCACAGUGGGCAAGAACCGUGUACAGCGUCCAGUUUUUAUUUUGACCUCCACAGUUAUCUGCCCAAAAGAGUAUGCAAGGGGAAGAAUCAAGAACAAUACAUUUAAUGAAGGUGCUUGCAAAUUGUCUUCCAAAUAUCCCCUUGUGCCAAAUGUUCACAUAAUCAGGUUGACCGUCGCCCCCCAUUCGUGCAAAUGUCUCAUUAAAGACAAUAAGGCGACUGACAAAGAAGCUUCGAUUGGUCCCUUGAGAUACUAGGUUUUUCUGUUGUAUCUACGCGGUUAUGUGGUAGUUGCUAGGUCCUGCCAUGCGCGUAAGAGCUUACUUACGGAACAAAUUACAAUAUCGCAUACACUAAUGUAAAGCAUAUCACCUAGGAACUCCAAAAUUAUUAUCAGCUCAGUUUUGACCAAAAUUGAGUUACUGGGUUUUGCCUUUGGACGGGAGAGUUGUCAACAGUUCUGCAAUUACCCAAACGACAAUGUCCAAGUUAGAAUGACACCAUUACAUGUGAAAUGAUCAGCGUUUGCAACACAACCGCAAUCUGUCUGUGGCUGUGCUUUGCAGGGGUGAUAGAUCAUGUGGUAACUUGCAUAAUGGAGCAUGAGGAAUUUCUAUUGUGAGCAAAAAACAUUAAAAGCAAAAUAAAUAUAUUUUGAAAUUCAAA